AUGUCUACGACUACCGAUCUUCCUACCCUCGACAAAGCUAAAAAAUCGGAAGAUAAAAUGAUGAUCGAUCCUUUUGAGGUGCGAAUGCGCUUCACUACGCAGCUGCAGCACCUCAGCGCCGCUGUCACAUCGUCACAGAAGGCCGCCCAUUAUGCGCUCAAGUACCGCGACCUCGAUGAGGAUCUUCACUCAUGCAUCCUGGAGCAGCUUGAACGGAACAACAUGAACAAUCGUGCAAACAUCAUGUAUUUUAUUGAACACCUCUGCGAAAUGGCCAUCAAGGAAAACUACCUCCCAUACGUGCGCAUGAUGCAGCGAGACAUCCUACGCGUGGUCGACUCAGUCGUUCCCCCCGAUGGCACCGGUGCAGCCAAUGUCAAGCACGUCCGCCACGUCCUGAACGGUCUCCAGGCGAAGGAAGUCCUUAGCGCCGAAACCGUGGCCGAGAUCGACGCCGCUCUGAAAGACCGCGAUUCCCACCCCUCCCACCUAGAUCUUGAACAGGAGGAAGGCGCUGAGGGAGGCAGCAAGUCAAAGUCUGAGAAGCCUCAGCUACGUCUUGACAAGAGGCAGAUCGAGCAGCGCAUCGAGGAGGACCGUGAGCGCAACAAGCGUCAGCGCGAGAGCAUGUGGGCCAUGACUGGCAGCGAUAUCGACGAAUAUAAUCAGAUGUGGGAAGAGCUCAGCCCCACUGGGGAGGAUGACUUUAUCAGGUCUCGCGAGGAGGCCCUGGAACGCGCCGAGUGUGCCCGCAAGCACGAGGAGUUCUAUAAGAACCUAUACGGUAUCAAGGAGUAA